GCUGUGGGCUCAGUGGCCGCAGGAAGGCGCCCGCGACCGCCGCCACAGGGGCCGCGCCUCCCUCGCCUCUCUCUGGCGGCCGCUCUGCCGCGUCCACACCGACCGCGCCAGGCGCAGGCGCGGCCCCGGGGACCCGGAGCUGGUGCUCCCAGGCUGUCGCGGUGACCCCGCCCCCGGGCCCAGGAUGUGAGACCGGGCCCGGCGUCCCCGCGGAGGGCCGGGGCGGUGAGGGGGCCCGCGGGCGCCAUGGAGGGCGUGCUGUACAAGUGGACCAACUACCUGAGCGGUUGGCAGCCUCGAUGGUUCCUUCUCUGUGGGGGAAUACUGUCCUAUUACGAUUCUCCUGAGGAUGCCUGGAAGGGUUGCAAAGGGAGCAUCCAGAUGGCAGUCUGUGAGAUUCAAGUUCAUUCCGUGGAUAACACUCGCAUGGACCUCAUCAUCCCCGGGGAACAGUAUUUCUACUUAAAAGCCAGGAGUGUGGCAGAGAGACAGCGGUGGCUGGUGGCUCUGGGAUCUGCCAAGGCCUGCUUGACAGAUAGUAGGACUCAGAAGGAAAAAGAAUUUGCAGAAAACACUGAAAACUUGAAAACCAAAAUGUCGGAGCUAAGGCUGUACUGUGACCUCCUUGUUCAACAAGUAGAUAAAACAAAAGAAGUGGCCACAGCCGGUGUCACUGACUCUGAGGAGGGAAUUGAUGUGGGAACCCUGCUGAAAUCGACCUGCAACACUUUCCUGAAGACCUUGGAAGAAUGCAUGCAGAUUGCAAACGCAGCCUUUACCUCUGAACUGCUCUACCAUACACCCCCAGGGUCCCCUCAACUAGCGGUGCUUAAGUCCAGCAAGAUGAAACAUCCUAUCAUACCAAUUCAUAAUUCAUUGGAAAGGUCGAUGGAGUUAAACAGUUGUGAAAAUGGAUUGCUAAGUAUAGAAGUAAAUGGUGAUGAAGAAAUCCUAAUGAAAACCAAGAGUUCCUUAUAUUUGAAAUCCACAGAGGGGGAUUGCAGCAUCUCCAGUGAAGAAAACACAGAUGAUAAUGUGACAGUCCAGGGUGAGAUAAUGAAGGAAGAUGGGGAGGAAAACCUGGAGAGUCAUGACAAGGAUCUGGCACAGCCCAGAUCAGACUCGGUUUGCUCGCCAGAAUCUCCCUGGGAAGACAAUGAAGAAGUUAUUCCAACUUUCUUCAGUACUAUGAAUACCAGCUUUAGCGACAUUGAACUUCUGGAGGACAGUGGCAUUCCCACAGAAGCAUUCUUGGCAUCCUGUUAUGCAGUGGUUCCAGUCCUAGACAAACUUGGUCCCACAGUGUUUGCUCCUGUUAAGAUGGAUCUUGUUGGAAAUAUUAAGAAGGUAAAUCAGAAGUACAUAACCAACAAGGAAGAGUUUACUACCCUCCAGAAGAUAGUGCUGCAUGAGGUGGAGGCCGAUGUCGCUCAGGUUAGGAAUUCAGCGACGGAAGCCCUCUUGUGGCUGAAGAGAGGUCUCAAAUUUCUAAAGGGAUUUUUGACAGAAGUGAAGAAUGGAGAAAAGGAUAUCCAGACAGCACUGAAUAAUGCAUAUGGCAAAACAUUACGGCAACACCAUGGCUGGGUUGUUCGAGGAGUUUUUGCGUUAGCACUGAGGGCAGCGCCAUCCUAUGAGGACUUUGUAGCUGCGUUAACUAUAAAAGAAGGCGACCACCAGAAAGAAGCUUUCGGUGCUGGCAUGCAGAGGGACCUCAGCCUUUACCUCCCCGCUAUGGAAAAGCAGCUGGCCAUACUGGACACGUUAUAUGAGAUCCACGGGCUGGAAUCUGAUGAGGUGGUGUGACAGCCACAGGACAGCACCUCCUAACUUCAGGGAAUAAAGUCUGCUAAAGUGUUGUGUUGCCCUAGUUAAUUUCCAGCAACAGCUUUGAUACUCUCCAGCGCCUUUCCUUGGGGAGAUGGACAUGAGGAAGUCCUAGUGCUUUUAUUUAGAAUUGUUUUAAUGCAUAUGUGUCUCAUGUGUUUAAAAAUCAAGGUGCUAAAUAUUUCAACAGGCCUACUGGAAACCAGAUCAUUGCUGUCCCAGACUUGAAUAGCCGACAGUAAGAGCAAAACUGACAGAUGAAUUUGUUGGGAUCACACUUGUAUUGUUCUCUUUCAGUUACUAAUUUUAAUGGGCCACCCAAACCGAAGCAGUAUGCAGGACUAUCGUUUAAAGCCAGUGUUUAAAAUAGCUUAGGUGUUGACUGGGCAUUGGAGGGAGUGUAAGCCCCUUUGUUGAUGGACUUGCUGUCUAAGAGUUUGCUAUUCCUACACUUUCCUGAGUGGGUCCCUUCUCCCUUCCUCUGCUGAUGGAAAGGGCUAUGUAGUGAAGACAUUUGGGCAGUUGUGGGAAAACAUUGACACGACUGUCAUGCCUGUUGUUAGGUAGGACAGUGGCUCAAGAGAAUGACCUCAGCCCAUGCAUGAAAACAGGAUAGAAAUGAAGGGUAAGUCAUUUGGGUGACACAUGCCACUCUUUGCCAGUGCAGUACAUUUCCUAUGUGUUGUCUGAAUUGAACAUCAUAGCAAAACAGCGACUCUAAAGAGGGUAUUUAAUCCUACUUCACAAGUAAAGCUUACAGUAGGGAGGUCUGUUCACAUGGAAUAUCUUGUUUCCGGUGAUUUUAUUUUUAUUUAUUGAUUUAUUUAUUUUGCCUGUUUCAUUAACUCUCUUCAGCAAAAGAGCCAGGUAACUUCCAAAUGUGAUCUAGAUCACCUCUGUAUUGAAGUCACAUGUCAUGCUGUUUCAAAGAACAGAGUCCUAGGACAUAUCUGAAGAACCCAGAUCUGGAGGGAAAACAGGAAUGUCCCUAUGGGUAACCUUUCUAGGUCACACUCAAAUAUACAAGGCUGAAGAGCCAAAUUCCCAUUUGAAUUCUAGUUUACAGAAUUCCCAGUCUUCUGCAGAAACCAAAUAAAACACCUCCUUCCAGAGGAAGGGGUCGUCAUUCAAGUAACAUAAUUAAAUGGAGAGUGAGUAGACCAGCAGCUGGUGUAACAGCUUGUGGCAUUCGUCUAUAAAGAGUGACAAGAUGCCCUGUCUCCCAGAAAUGGACCAAGCUGCCUACAGUGUGCAUAGGGAAGAAGCCAUGAAUGCCUUCCCCAGUAGAGGCCACUUCCUCCUAGCAACAAGAAGAGUGGCCCCAGCACAAGCAGCCCCUGAAGAAAGCGAGCCUUUGCCAGGCACAGGUAAAGGGAGUGGCUGUGCACCUAGGGCUCUGCAGAGAACUGUGCAGGAAAGGUACGGAUUUUGUCUUUAAACAAGUGGGUAUUUACUCAAAUUAAUGCAGCAGUAGAAUGGGCCACAGCGGUACCUGCAGUCCAGCUACCCAGAAGUAUGAGGGUAAAGUAUUAUUUGAGCCCAGGAUUUAGAGAUUAACCUGAACAACACAGCAAGACCUUGCCUCUUAAAAACACUUUUAAUAAAAUUUUAAGCCAAGCAAGCAUUUUGCCAACAUAAGAAGUUCUGGAAAUUAAACUUAGGAAAGGGAGGUGUGGGCUGGACUUACUCACUUUGCUCUUGUAGGAGUUUUGAAAGGUUCCUCUUCUCUGGCUAAUGGAAAGGGGUUGGGGCUAGCGCAUGACUUAGACCUCCUGCCCUUGACAUAGCCUGUAAAGACAGAAGAAGGAAAGUAGCCAACCCGCUUGUCUCUGAGGGUGGGCACUUUGGGCCAUGUGCCCUUGGUGGGCUCUGCUACCAGGAAAUUGAUGUUAAGCAUGGCCAUGAUAGGCAGCUGCAGGUGCCUCUCUGAUCUCCAGUCUAGGGACUGGCACUCUGAGAACAUAUCGAUCCAGGUCCUCACUAAGCCCUAAGUGCACAUAGGAGAACUGCCUUGCAGGGCAGUCUGACUUUGUAAGUUUAUUUCACCUGAAUUAGUAGUUCUUGGUGUCUCAUUGUAGUUAAAGCUAUUUUUUUUUUUUUGUCUGAUUUUCAGUUACUUUCUAAGAAAUGAGAAAAGGAACCUGAAAGUGCUCCCUGGAGCCCUCCCAAGAGCCCUGGUAUUCCUAAGGCACCCUCACCCUGACAGAUAAAGAACUGGUUUGUUGGUUGACAAAAUGCUUACCUUCUCUUUGUUGCUAGCAGGUUUUGGAUUAUCUUCCUAGCAUAAUCUUGAGAGUGGGGGAUGUGUCUCGCUAGAGAGCAGCAGAAUUGACUGAGCACUGGCAGACCACUUAUGGAGCACAGCCCCACCUUCGCUCCAUCAGUCUGCCCUUCACCCUCACCCAGGGAAGCUUGGCUCCACACGGCUGGUGUCAGUAUGUGUCUUGAACAGAGGCUUUUUAAUUGUGAUAAGCCUUAUGUCCUUUGAAAAUAGAUCUGUUUAUAACAAAAGCCUACUGACAUGCUGAUUUGUCAGGAGGAAUAUCUUUAAGGGAAGAAACCAUCUUGUAACUGAGGCAGAGUUGACAGCUCUUGACACAACCCAGAAGGGAGGCCAGGAGGGUACUGUAAGAAUUUAGUGGCUUGUUACUAUGUCCAGAUCAUUCUAAGUGUGAGCAUCCCCCAGUGUUACUUACCAUAGUGGGGACAUCUGAGCACCCUCUCUCAGCCUUGCAGCUUUUCUCUGCUGCUGAGCAUCGCUAGCAGUGACCCCGCCCCCAUCAGCUUGCCACAAUGAUUUCCCCUCCCAGCUCUCCUUUCCCCUUCUUCAGCAGCAGCAACCCACCUGGUCCAGGACCUGUUCUAUACCUAGCCAAAACACCAGCGCUUCGGGCAGAUGCCAUGGUCACAUUUGUAGCAGUAAGGUAGGGGAAAGUCAGCAUGGAAGAGCGUGUCCUCUGCUUUGAUUGCUCUGUGUACAGUUAGUGCAGUCAACAUCUGUCUGUGGAGUGUUUUCAGGUGCAAGUGUAUGGUGAGGUCCAUAAAUGCAGGGCACUUUAGCUGAAGAACUCUGAAGAAAACUAAUCCAGCUGUAAAGAUAUGUAUGAAACUUUCUGGAGAACUUUUUUUUGUUUGUUUAAUGUUUCUACUAGACCACUAUGUCCUUCAGGCACAGGGCUAUGUCAUGUUGUGUUUCUGAAUCAUCAGUUCACACCACGGCUUCUGAUUUAGUCGCAGGUUUACAAUGGUUCAGAUCCCUACUCUCAUGUUUCAUUUCACUACCAAUCAUUUGUAAAUUCAAAGCUGUCUGGAUGCAGAAGUUCUGAGCAGCUGCAGUAUGUAUUGGACCAUCACUCUGGUUGAUCAUCUAAUGGGUUUGGGCAUAGAGAGCCAAAGCUGGGAUGCUUUUGUGGUGCUGUGUGGUCUGCAUGGUUGUGUGCAUUAGACCCCUCAUGUGACAUGCACAUGAAGUGCUGUGUUGACAAAUGUGUUCUACUUCCAUGUGGCCCUUUGUAACCUGCAGUAGCUUACUCAGAGUUACACAAUAAUGACAUAUUCACUAGCUGUCAAAUGGCAUUUGAAGAUUUAAUCCAUGACAAGGUUAUAGAUAUAGAACAUUAGUUGAGGGUCCUUCACUGUACACUGGCCCUUCCCUGUGAAUUCUCCCCUUCUAACCCUGUCUAGACUAUCUUGUAGACCAUUUGCAUGAUUUCUUGCUAUACAGCUACAUUUGGGAAUUCUAGGGCAUGAAUAUCCAGUCACUGGUAAUGUCUCUGGUACAGAUGUCGCAUGCAUUGAUCUCUCUCCAUUGUCUAUAUAUAGCCUUUAAUGGAAAGGAAAAAAUGCCACUGCUCUGCAAUGCAAAGUUUUCAGAAUUCUUGUAAAUUGUGAAUCCUGAGUCACUUCUUUAGGGUGAAAAAUGUUUCUCGUCGAGCUGUAUGGGAACAUCCUGCUUAUUUUAAAUGUCUUAUAUAUUUAAAGUAUGGUCAGUAUUAUCCCUUUACACAUACCUUGGGCAAGGUGGUCCCCUCACCCUGGAGUGGGUAGUUCCAUCAGCCUUAGGAUGGAUGGCAUCAUUACACAGCUGAUGUCAUUCACAGAGAGCCCCGUGUGUGUCCAUUCAGAUGUGUAGGUGGGGUCAGUGAAGGGUGAUCUAGAUCGCUGAUGAGCCAGCUUCAUGGCAUGGGUUAACGGACAAUUCCCUGUGCCAUGAGAAUUUCACUAGAAUGUCAUUAAACAGCCCAACUACCUCAUGCGAAAUUGGCUGUGGACAAUCUGUGUUUGAUGAGAAAUGUGUUUGCAGAAAUUUAUUCUGGUUAAUAAGUUGAACAGUGCAGUGUCUCUAUGAAGAAGAAACAUGUUAUACCAGAUGCCAAAGGCUAAACUAUCCAUAGAUUUCUCAGAUUCAUUUCUGUGUUAAUGUUUAUUCCAGUCUGUAUCCUCGUGAAGGUUUGUAGUUUUGUAGAGCCACAUGCUUUGGAUAUCUGUCACAAUCACCUCUUGUCCCUCAGUAUUUUGACUGAACAUCAUAAUGCUGAUAGGAAUCAAGUUAAACUACGAAAGUGUCAAACAGCUUGUGGCUUCUUAAUUUAAUGGACCUUUACUUAGAACUGUAUUGGAGCCUUUUAGGACCAAUUGUUGAGUGAAAAUCCUGUGUGCAGAUGUGUCUGCUUCUCUGUCCGAGUUGUUGGUCCUGUAUUUCAUGAAAAGUGGGGCAGGGGUGAGGGUUUUACUUUCUUUGGAGAAUGUUUGAAAACAUCUGUCAGAUUUUUAUAUUCAUUAGUUACAAUAAACAUAUUUUUAGAGUA